CCUGCUCUGCCGGUGAGAGGCUCCAGGCUCUGCAGCUCCUGCUGCCCGUGACCGUCCUCCAGCUCAGGCGCCCUGGGAAGGAUGCCCGACUCCUUAGCUGCUGGGAAGUGGUGUUUCACUGAAACACACUACAUGCUUCCAAGUCUAGAGAACACAAACACACUUUCAGUGUUGGUGUCAUUUGAAGAUGUGGCUGUGGACAUUACCCAGGAGGAGUGGCAGAUCAUGGACAAUACUCAGAGGACCCUGUACAGGGAUGUGAUGCUUGAGACCUAUAGCAAUCUGCUGUUCGUGGAUCCUUACACAAAGAAUGAGCUGCUUGGAACUAAUCCAGAAAAUCAAGAAACCACUUUCAGGCAAGUUGUAAUAACAAAAAUUGUAUAACUUCAAAAAGAGUUGCAUUGGCAAAGAUGAUUAAUUUAAGCUCUGGCCAUAAUUGACGCGUGCUAUGAAAAGCUAUGGAGAGGAAAUUGU